UUCAGUUGAGAUCAGACCGCUCAGCUGAUCACACCUGCUGGAACUAACACCUGUCUUUUCCUGGACCCGGUCCUCCUCCUGCAGGCUUUGGGUUCGGUGAUGUAUCACCGGGUUCUGCUGGCUGCCUCUCUGCUGUCUGCGUGCUCAGGAGAAACCUCUGCGAAUGGUCCAACAGAGACCGUCUACGCCUUCGCUGGCGAGGAUGUUGUUCUUCCCUGCAGUUUCAACAUCACUUCGAGCGACGACUUUCCAACGGUGGAGUGGUCCAAGGAGGGCCUGCAGCCGAACGUCAUCUUCUUGUACCGGGACGGCUGUGAGACUUACGAGAUGAAGCACCCGGCCUUCCACUACCGGACGAGCUUCAUCACCAAAGAAAUGAAGAACAGGAAUAUCUCCUUAAGGAUCUCUAAUGUCCAGCUGUCUGAUGCAGGGAAAUACCGAUGCAUGAGGCUCUGGAAGAAUGCCCCACGGGACAUUACGACCGUGGAGCUUGUUGUGGGUGCUGUCUCUGAGCCAAAACUCUCAAUGGUGCCAGCUGAGAGUGGAGGAGUGACGCUUCUCUGUGAGGCCACCUGCUGGCUGCCGGAGCCCGAGAUCAAGUUCCUGGACCAUCAGGGAAACAACAUCACUGCUGAUAACCCGAGCAGACGUCAGGACGGCAGUGGGUGUUACACUGUGACACGAAGAGUGACUCUCCAGGAUGCUACCCACAGGGUCACCUGCAGCGUUCACCAGCCGGAGAUCAACCAGACCAGAGUCGCACAGAUACACAUACCAGUUGACUGCAUGCAGCCCUGUUCUCUAUCCACUGGCAUCGCUGUUGGAGAAGCCGUAUUACUCCUGUUAGCGUUGACAUGUGGCUUAACUGUCUUGGUAAAGACGAGAUGCAGAAAAUCUGGAAAGGGACCAACUUUCCCGAUGAGUAGGCAGACGUCGGAGCAGAGUACAGUGAGUACCCCGAAUGGUUCCUGUGAACAUCAACCCUUCCUGCAGACUGUCAGGGUUGACAGCGACGAAACUGGGAAGCUGAAACGAGAGAUUGCUGACCUCAAGUCAAAGCUUCGUGAGAAGGAAGAGACCAUCCACCGCCUACAGAACAACAACCCUCCUAUAAGUCCUGUUGUCCAGCUUGGCUCACCAACUAUGUUCUUCAGUCUUGGAGCUUCAGCCAACAGCAACCGCCCCGAACCUGGAAACGUACCACAGACUCGGGGUCCAAAACCUCGCCUCUCACAACAAAACAGUGUCCAGGAACCUGACCGGCCGAAGCAACGGAACCGAAUCAAGAGCAGCCCUGCUAUAUUCGUGUUUGAUGAGGCUGUGCCUUCCUCAUCCAACGCUUCAAAGAAAAAGCUUGGACGUUGCAAUAGUGACCGCGUUGCUUGUCCUGAUCCGAAAGUUCCCAAGACUCAGCGUCGACAUUCCUCGUCGUCAAGCUACAAUCACCGCUACACACCUCUGGCAGGCUUACCCGAGGAAACCGAGCUGUUAAUAUCACUAGAGAAGAGCACACCGUUUGUUACAAAGAUGUGAAAGUUUACGUCUGGGAUUUUUCUUUUCUUAACAACGACAAAAAAAAAUAUCUGCACAGCCAAAUGCUUGUAGCAGUGAGUAAUGAACAAAUCUGAUAAAUUCUUGUAUUACAUAAGCUCAGCAUCAUUGUCAAUGUCUAACAUCAAAGUUUUUAUUCUUCAUUUUAAUUAUUCAACUUCGGAGGUGCUAGUGGACAGAUUUGUUGGCUUUGGACAGAGCCAAGCUAGCUGUUUGCCCAUUUUUCUAGUCCUUAUGCUAAGCUAAGCUAACUCGGUGCUACCUCCAGCUACAUAUUUAAUAGUACAGACAAUAUUUUUCUUCAAGCAUAGCAAGAGAUUUUUAAAAAAUGUUUUGUUUUUUGCUUUUUUUAAAUCUUAUUUUCUCUGACUUUUCAAAUUGUCGUUCCGACUUGACUUGGCACGUGAAGUAGUUGUACACAGACACAAACAAGUCAGCACUUCAGUAUUUGAUGUGUAGCUCAUGAUUAGCCUGCUAACCCGCUACGUCAUACUAGAUUCAUAAAAUACUAAAAGAUUACAGCACAGUUUUCAGGACAAUUAAUUCACUACAUAAAAUAACUUUUUACAGGAUAACCACUGGAACAAAUCAUUUGCGGAUUUAACGAAUGUUCACUUAAGUCGUGUUAGCAGAACAAGGCUAACUGGGCUUUAGCUACAACCUAGAAUCUAAAAUGGGUACAGCUGAUUUCAGAGCAGCUCUUUAAACUGUCAGUAAUGAUGCACUUGUGUCUUUUAUUUGAAUUACAGCCAGGAUGGAGGGCAUAUAGGGUUUGUGGGUUUGUGUUCCGGGAAACCUUUUAAAUUUUUAACAGAUUUAUUUGUUCAUGUCUGUGCAAAAAUAUCUGCAGAAUUUCAGUAAAUCUCUUCAUGUGUUGACCACAUGAGCUUUUAUUUAAGUUAUGAAUGUAUAUUGCAAUGCGAUACAAUAAGAUUUGACGCCUGGGGUUGGGAGACUUUUUAUUUAAAAUUGCUUUGUAUUUGUGAUAAAGUUUUAAUUCUUUAUUUAAUCUUUGUUAUUUGUCAUAUUAAUUCUGUAAAUAUGACUUUGAUUAUUAUAUGUUUUUCUAAAUCUCUCAUUUUUUAUGUUCACUACAUGAAAUAAAGCACUCUCACUUUUUUUUAAAAGAU